ACAUUGGUCCCGCCCAUUUAUGCACUGUCAGCCAAUCACAGGAAACCGAGGAAAGGGUGUGAUUGACAGCGGUUGUUGCUUACCCAGAAUGCCCUGCGGGGCAGUUUGAAUGGCGCAGCGUUCUGUCAGGAGGAAGCGACUGCUUGUUGUACAGUGAAGUCCUAUCCCGGUGACCGGAGCGGGAGGAGAGCGAGAGCGGAGCAGACAGUGACCCCACGGCAGGGCCAUGAGCCGACUAUCCGGGGAUUAUGGCAUUUGAAGCCAGUGAUGCCAAGAAGCGGGACCUAGAUGAGGGUUGUACCAAUGAUCACCCAAGGAAAAGGGUCUCUGCUGCAGCCAAGCAGAACAUGAAGGAGGGUAAUAUUGCACAGGAAGAGUCGGUAUCUGUAGUGAACAGAACUCCGGGUCGGCAACCUUCAACCAGUGAUCAGCAGCUUUACAAAGUGGUGGUUUGUAAGAGGAAAGCCCCACACCAAGCACUGAGCCCCGCUUACAGAAGAAAGCAGCUUCAGAAAGGCUGGGGCUGUGACAUGGCAAAUAAGGAAAAUGAGGUUGCGGCAGGGAACCUGCAUGAGAAGCUCCAGAACGACAGGCACACCUUCCUGCUGAACCCCAGUGACUCCAGCUCCCCGCAGACUGAAGGGGCCUCCUCAAAGUACAGCAGCUUCUUUGCAGAGGUGUCCCAGGAUCAUGAUACAAUGGCGCAGGUCCUCUUCAGCCGAAACCUCAGGCUAAAUGUAGCUCUUACUUUCUGGAGGAAGCGCAGCGUGAAUGAACUUGUAGCCUAUCUAGUCAGGAUGCAAGAUCUAGGAGUGAUCGCAGAUUGUCUUCCAGUUCUAACGAACAGCCUUCAAGAAGACAAGGCCACGGUCUCGGUCGGCUGCUGUGUUGAUCUGUUACCACUGGUUAAAUCCCUACUGAAUAGUAAAUUUGAAGAAUAUGUUAUUGUUGGUCUUAACUGGCUCCAGGCGAUUGUGAAGAAAUGGUGGACGCAGUUAUCUACAAGCUCGGAAGAGCCAUCAGAUGAAAAUGUCCUGAUAUUAAAGCGUCAACUUAGUGGAAUGUGGCAACAAGAAAGUCACCUUGCAUCGGUACCAGGUUAUACUGGCAACAUAGCCAAGGACUUGGAUGGAUACUUAUCACAGCUCCGUUGAUACGAGGCUUCACCAAAUAUCCUGCACGUGUUUUGGGACUUUGAGACAGCAGACUUGAGGACCUUUCAGAAUCCUGGAACGCGGCCGAAGAAGAAACUAGUAAAACCACUAACUCAUCGAAGAGGGCUUUGUCUCCAAAACACGCGUUCACUAUACUGCCGCUGACUAGGUGGCGUCCGCCUGCUUCAUAUUGAAGUAGUCUUCUUUCCAAGUAGUGGUUUAACAGACUGAGGUAAUGUUUACCGAGUACUCCUGCGUGACGAACUUUGUGAAAGUCACUUAUCCCGAGGAGCAGGGAAAAAAAAACUUGAGUUUUUGUACCAUUGCAUCAUCACUGGGAUCAAGAUAUAUGAGAAACUGGCAUAUUGGAGAACUGCACUGUGUCUACAAGAACGUGCAAAACGAUGUGCCUAAAACUGACAUUUUAACACGGGACACUGGAUAUUGCAGCCGUUUUUUUGUUUAUUUUGUUAUAUUAUUUGAAACCCUAAUAUUAAAGAAGUUUUUGCAAUAGA